AUGGCAAGAAGGAACAAUGUACUAGAGAAUGUGAGAGGAGGUCAACGAAAUGCCCGAAAUCCCAGGGGAAAUUACAGAUUUCGCAAUAGAAACAACAAUUCACUAAAUAACAACACAAACACAAAUAGGAGAAAUGUAAGGAGGGUAUUUAAGGCCAGAUCAUUUAAAGGCCGUCCAUUAAGACGUUUUGGAGCUGGACCUGCACAAUUUGAAGGUCAGGGUGAGGUAAACGCUCCUAGGAGGGGUAGAUUCAGGCGUACGAGGCGCAAUUUUGCUUUUCGCAGAUUCAAUAAAAAUAUGAGAACUAAACAAAAUUUUAAAAAGAAUAAGGAUCAAAAAACUGCCGACCAAAUGGACAUGGAGUUGGAUACUUAUAUGGGUGGCGAGGCUACUAGAGCGAAGCUUGAUGCUGAUUUAACCAAUUACUUUUCACAACCAGAAGCUAACAAUUAA